GUGGAUGAUGAUGCCUAUGCCUCAGACUUACCUCACUUACUCAUGGCCGACGCUCAGAGUGAUUCUAAUUACGAGUCUAUCAAUACUCCUGGGGCGUUAUCGCUAGAGGCAAAUGCGGCAGACAAUGAAAACCAUAUUGCGCUACCCAAGGCCCGUUUACUCAUAUCCAUCUCGAAAUUUCACAAGGAUCAUUCCCGUGCCGCUCUCGUUCUCUCAAGCCACCUGCGCAAUUUGGAGUGUCCGCAUGCCUUCAUAGGUGGUUUUGCUUGGUCCCUGUUGGGCAGUCAAAGGCCUACCGAUAUAAGUACAAGGGCAUGGGUCUGACGCACCGAUGCUUGCUUACUUCAUUAUGCUUUGCUUCAGCACGAUAUUGACUCCUUGAGGUCCGCGCCUCGAUGGACGUGCGCCUGCUGCGAGAGCAGAUCAGCACCGUCGAUAGACAGUUCGCCGAGAUUGGCAUCAAGUUCUAUUUCAUUCAGGAUCCAGGUCCUGACGUGAAAAAUGGUGACCCUGUCAGAAGCAGUAAGACCAGCGUGGUCAUUGAGACGCUGCCUACAGGCUCGCUGGGAUUACCUGUCGCUGCUGAGCCCAUUUAUACUGCCACGACGAAGGACGAGUUACCUAUCCUCCACCCGUCGGUCCUCAUCCUGACAAAGCUGAAGCGCUGGUGCAUGAUUUGCGACUCGACGCGACCAAGGACCAAACUGAAAUAUACCAAUGACGAGCGAGACCUCCGUUUCAUGGUCCGUUGGCUCCUUGACCAUAACCUCUACAUCGACUUCGACAACUAUCGCGGUAAGGAUAAGCCGGAGCUGCUGCAGUGUGUACGCAAGUACAGGGACAGAUUCGUUGGGGACGAGCAACUAGUAGCUGGCCUGAGGGGUGUGGUGCGCGGGGACGAAUGGGAAGCCAUGGAAGCACUGCCCAUCGCACGAUAGGCUCAUAACAUUGGGAGAUUUGUCAUUUUGUCGCGGCGAAAAGUCCUUACAGCAUAGAAAUCAACAUGUAGUAGAAGUUUUCACCUGUUCUCCGCUAGACCAUUUGAAAUGAACUUUGAUACAUU